AUGGCAUUUUUUUAUCUAGUGCCAGUGAUACUGCUGGUGAUUCUUGUUGUUUCAUUCAUAUCAGCAAUCAUAAGAACAAUUCAAACUGAGUAUGCCAAUUGCAGCAUCCCUCCUGGAGUGAACAAUCCUGGAAAACUUCGACUUAUUGUUGCUGUUUUGAUUGUUACAUCUACUCUGGGCAGGAUUUUUGAGAAGAUAGAGCUGUGCAGCAGCCUGGCCAUCAAGCGCCUCGUGUUCUCCGGGCGGCGGCCGGCCCCGGCCCCGGGGGUGCGGCAGGAGGAGGCGCGGCUCGGGCGGGUGCCCGUGCGGCUGUACCGGCCCCGCGGGCCCUCCACGCACCCGCGGCCCGCCGUGCUGCUGUUCCACGGCGGCGGCUGGAUCUGCUGCAGCCUCGAUUCCCAUGAAAGGAUCUGCCAGUACAUUGCCGAGGAAAGUGGCGCGCUGGUGGUGUCUGUGGGGUACCGUUUGGCCCCUGAGCACAAAUACCCCGCUGCCUACGAAGACUGUCUGAGCGCCAGCCAGCACUUCCUGCAGCACCUGCAGCACUACGGCGUGGAUCCUGCCCGCGUCGCUGUCUGUGGGGACAGUGCUGGGGGCAACCUGGCAGCUGCUGUCAGCCAGACCCUGGCAGGCAGGUCAGACCUGCCCAGGCUCCGUGCUCAGAUCCUCAUCUACCCAGGCCUGCAGGCCCUGGACUUCAAUUUACCGUCCUACCAACAGAACCGCGGAGUCCCUCUGCUCUUCCGGGAGCGAGCUGCUUUCUUUGCUUUGCUGUACCUCAAUGGGGAUGCACUGCACUUGAAAGAGGUCCUGGAGGGCUCUCAUAUUCCCCCGGACAUGAGGCUGAAGUAUCAAAAGUGGGUGAGUCCAGACAACAUCCCUGAGGAAUUUAAGGUCAGAGGCGUGAAGCCGCUUAGGCCCACUGAUUUUAUAGCUGAAGUUUAUGAGACAGUGAAGGGAAUCUGUGAACCCAACCUGUGCCCACUGCUGGCUGAAGACUCUGUCGUUCACCAGCUGCCAGAAUCUUUCAUCCUGACCUGCGAGUACGACGUGCUGAGGGACGAUGGCUUGUUGUACAAGAAGAGGCUGGAGGACAAUGGGGUUCGAGUGACCUGGUACCACCUUGAGGAUGGAUUCCAUGGGAUCAUCAGCCUCUAUGAUUAUUGUGGCUUCUCAUUUCCAUCUGGGAAAAGAGGAUUGGACAGGGUUGUUAACUUCUUAAAAAGCUUAUAGUAAACAUCUUAGAUUCCACGAGUCUGUUCAUGCCUCAACCUAGGAAAAUAUCUUUUUAGGAUAUGAAAUAUCAGGUUAUGGGUAGUGAAUCAGGGGCAGCCAUUAACAAUGAUAAACAAGGCUCAUCAGAACCUCAUUCCAGCUGUUAGUUGGAACAUGGAAUAUGCAAACCUUACACAAGCUUGUACCAUGCUGCAAGCCCUUAUCUUUAGCUCUGCUAUAAAGAACAGUUCUUUGAAUGGGUAUCCUGGUUUGUUCCAGUUAUUAAAAAAAAUAUCUGUGUGAAGAGAAGCUGUGUGUUAGCAGGCGUGUGUGGUGUGAGAAUAAAACCCAGCUGACAUUAGUGGAUUAUGAGCCACGGACAAUAAAAUAAUAAAUAUGAUGACAAUUAGGAAAUAA